AUGACCGACCUCACAGAAUUCGCGAUUGUCAACAUCUGCCGUAGUGAUGGACAAGACACUGGUCCAGGCUAUUGGCCAGUACAGAAUGAUGCAGCCGCAAAAUCAGCGAAGAAGGCAGCUCCUCUGGAUAAGAUCCCGAGGGCGAAGCCUCAAAUGGUCCGGCUGGCUGAAGACGACCCGAGAUUUCAGGAAUGGCGCGUCAAGCUGGGCAUUCUGUUGAAACAGGAAUUGAAUCCUACAGAAGGUCUGCCAUGGCUCCUCAACUUCCCGCGAGGAUACUGGCUUUACGAGAAGUCUAAGCAUCUCUGGGUCUCUGGAUAUCCCGUGAAGUCUAAGCUUUACAAAAGUCCUCAAGAGUUUGGACUCCACCUGUUAUGGCUUCUUUCCAGCUCAAUGGAUCGUAUGGACUGCCGUUGUAUUCAUUGCAACAUUCGGGAAACACCAAACAUCGAAGAACUGACGCUUACGGAUAUCCCACGGGCUCUACCGGGGCCGGCAAACGCGCAACCGCCGUCCAAGAUGCGCAAGAUAACACCACAGCUGCCGUUGAGUCGAACUGCAUCUCCAACCCCUGCUAUUGCAACACCGCCUACAGCCACGAAGAAGGAGACGCCUGUGCCCAUACCGAUGCCAGCAGCCAAGAAAGAAACCCCAGUACCGGUGCCAACGAUUCCUCCUCGCGCGGCUGCAACAACUCUUCCAGCCCAAACUCCGGCGCCAGCCCCCGCCCAAACACAAGCACUGGUUCAGCCCCUGCAACAGCCUCAUGCACCACAACCUCAAGUACAACAGCUCCAUGUACAGCAAUCUCAGAUUCAACAGACUCAAUUGCAGCAACCCCAAAUGCACCAGCCUCAGAAACAGCAGACUCACGUACAGCAGCCUCAGGGGCAGCAACCUCACAUUCAGCAGCCUCACGGACAGCAGCCUCAUGUGCAGCAACCUCCUGUGCAGCAAUCCCCCGUGCAGCAAGUACCAUUACAACCAACCCAGGCUUCUCCUGUACAAGCACAGGCCCGGCCUCAACCUCCAGCCCAGACUGCUGUCCAACCUCGAGUUCAAACGCCAGUACAUCAAGCUCAGCAGGGUGUUACCCAGGCUCCUUAUCAACAGACGCAAUUCCCUCCCUACCCUCCGCCAUUCCUUGGGGUACAGCCGGCCCCGCUGUUCCGCGUUGGAGAGAUGGUGUGGUUCCAGAUGUCUUCCGGUUGGCGUCUAGGUAUCGUGGCAGCUGCCGGGAUUGUCAACCCCAAGACUAACAAACCUGAGACUCUGCAAAUACUACCUAUAUCUCAUUACUUGUUCAAUCAGGCUCCAGUCCACCUGCUCGAAGCCUCAGCGCGCCCAUUCCUCGCUUUCUCCGUCCCCAAUGUGGGCAUUCCUGACCUACAGGGUAAGCCAUACGAUGAAGUUCCGUGGGACUCGUUCCUCAGCACUCUAUCUGCCGACGACACACAUCGUCGCGAAGUCAUUCUCCUUGACUCAUCAAAAAUGGCCGCUCAAAAAGUCGGCCAAUCCUACUCUCUCUUUACGUGCGUCUCUAAAACCGAAGACGGCAAGAAGACCGAUUACAACGGCAUCUUCCUCGGCGCAGAACGCAUCGAGCUCGGUGACGUCUUACGAAUACGCGUCUCCGCCGACCAGGGCCUCCCUGAGCCAGCGACGAGCCUCUCGGACGCCAUCCUCGGCCUCCGCGAGAUCUGCACCGCCGUUGACAUGCCUGGCGCGGUCUUCUUCAAGGGCGACAUCUAUCAGCCCAUCACUGGAGAUGCCAUGCCCGUCGGCGGCGUCCCCGUGCCCGAGGACAAGCUCCCGCGCCCGCUCCGUGAGGAGAGUGCCUUUCGCAAUAAGUUCGCUCCCACCGAGCGCUGGCGCUGUGUCCUUCUUAGGCACAAUGCUGUACUCCGUGAAGGCGAUCUCAAGGGCCGGUUCUACCCGACCCAUAAGCUUCUUCCGCUGCUUGAUGGCCAGGCAAAGGUGUCGGUCGAGGUGCAAAAGGGUAUCAUCCGCGACGCGCAGCAGCGGCUUAACCAACGCAUUGAUACAUUCAAAACGGGGUACAUUGGCCGGAAGAACUCACGCGCUGAGACGAUUGGUCCGGCGUUGCCGCCCGGUAGUGUUAUCCAAUUCGGACCCGAGGUGCGGGAGGAGGAGGCCUAG